CCUCGGUGUAUUCCUGGUUUUCGGGCCGUCCGAUCGUCCGGUUGAAUCCACGAAGCCCGCCCAUUACGCUUCAAUAGUCGUGUCAUCGUCCCUUUUUUUGAUUAGCGGAUGAAUAUUCCUACCAGGAGUAGUAAUUGCAGUUCGAUUAGACUUCGGUAAAUCAGCGCGAGGAAAGAUAAAUCCGAGGCGGCGGGAAGGGUGUAGGGUUUGGGAGGCCAAGGCGGAGAGAGCGAGAGCGAGGGAGCGCGCUUAGUCGUUCAUCGUCCUCCUUGUCCUCAAUUCGUGCGUCUUGAUCAUGGGAAAAGGGAAGUUUAAGGGCAAGCCCACGGGCCGCAGGAACUUCUCCACCCCGGAAGAGAUGAUUGCUGGUACCUCAUCUCGCCCUCGCAAAUUUAAACAGGAGGAGGCUGAACAAGGAAAAGAGGAGGAAAUCGAAGAGGAAUCUGAAGAGGAUUCUGAAGAAGAGACUGAGGGAAGGAAAGGUGUCCAGGGCAUUAUUCAGAUAGAGAAUCCAAACUUGGUAAAACCAAAGACUAUGAAAGCUAGACAAGCUGAUUUGGAGAGAACAACUGAACUAUCAAGGCGUGAAAGGGAGGAGAUAGAGAAACAAAAAGCUCAUGAGCGAUACAUGAGGCUGCAGGAGCAAGGAAAAACAGAACAAGCUAGAAAAGAUUUAGAGCGUCUAGCCUUAGUACGACAACAAAGAGCCGAAGCUGCAAAGAAGCGAGAAGAGGAAAAAGCUGCCAGGGAGCAGAAGAGGGCCGAAGCUCGAAAGUGAUCAUGCCUUUGCCCGAGAAGGAUGCUUGUCACCACAACAAUUUGCUUUUGAAGUCAUCUGAACUAUAUUUAUUGGUCAAUCUCAACAAAUUUAAUACAUAUCUGUGCUCCAUUAACUUUCAAUAACUAUAUUUUUCCAUGUGGGCAUCUUUAUUCUAUUAUUUAUUGAAAACAUGGAGAAACUGAAGUAGUGCAGAAUGGGUAGUUGUAGACAGCGAUGUUUAAAUAUAAUUGAUUAAUAAACUUGAAUUGGUGGGUCGUGUCA